UCUUUAAAGCCAGAGCACUAAAUCAAUCUGUAUUGUUCUUGUGUAUCUGAUGAUCUGUCACUGUGGCCUUAGGAUGUUUUUUGCCCACAUGACAUUAAGCUGUGAUCUUAGACUGAAGUGUGAUCAGAAGUUGACAUGUGAGACUUAUCUGUUUACAGAACUGAGUACUUCCUGCUUCAUUAUAAAAAGUAUUGUUCCGAAAAUCAGUACAUGCAGAGCAACCAUCCUAACCUGAGCUCCCCCUAACUUUCCAAUAAUGAGCAGUGCUACAGACAGCAUGUCAGCUCGAAGCAUGUUUUCUCAGAGAGGCUGAAAUCUUAUUAACUUUGGUCUGAUUUUCCCCUUACGUCCAUCCCUGUGCUGUAUCUGCAGCGAGAAACAACAAUGGUGCUACUCAACAUGAAGACAUAUCUGGCCUUACUGUGGGGAAUUUCUUUUUUUUUUAGUAUGGAGUCUAUGAGUGUGUCCAUCCCAGAAAUAAACUUAACUUUUGAACCAGACAAGACAACCAAGCAGAUGACGAGUCCACUUGUACGUCAUGUUACAAGUGUUAGUGAUGCACCAGCAGAGAUCCCUGUGACGCCCACUGUAGAAAUGAUAAUCGUCACUGGUGGAAGUGACAGCUCUGGUAUGGUUGCUAUAAACUCUGUAGGAGCAACAACAAGCAACUCAGCUCCACAACUUUCUCAAAACUCCAAGACAGAGAGCACAACUGCAGGUGCAGCACAUCCUCCCCACAACACCACAAUCUCAGAGGCAGCCAAAUCUACCGAGGAUCAGACACAUCAUCAAUCAUCCACCACUUCUACGGAUUUGAGUGCUCCUGCAACACCUUCUGCAGCAUUGGAGAAGUCUUCGCUGCAGCCUACCUCCACCCAUAACCUUGAAGUAUCAUCCGAGUUGUCACACACCACCCCUCCUGCUAAUACUGAUCAGGCUUCAGUCUCUACCCGGACACUUGUCAGUCCCUCAGCUCCUACUACAACCAUAAUGACAUCCACCACCAGGACUGAGUUUUCUACUACAUCUCAGCCGUUUUCUGUGACAACACCCAUCUCCACAUCACAUUUUCCUGACACAGCAGGGUCGAGGUCUACAGCUGAGUCCCCCACCAACUCCACUGAUUCACCCAUCUCCACCCCCAGUGUGUCCACCACCAUCGUCCUAACUAGCAUCUCUCCAACCAAUGUCCCUACAACCAGAGUCUCCCCCACCAAUGUCUCGAUAACCAAUGUCUCGAUAACCAAUUUUUCCCUAACCGAUGUCUCCACCACCAAUGUCUCUCCAACCGAUGUCUCCACCACCAAUGAUUACUUAUCUAGUAUCUCUACCACUGAAGUCUCCCCAACCAAUGUGUCUACAGCCAAUAUUUCAUUCUCCAAUGUCUCCCCCUCUACCUUCUCUACCACCAAUAUCUCCCCAACCAAUGUAUCCACCACCACCAAUGUCUCUGCCCUUCCUGCUUAUGUACCCAAAAGGUUACCAAUUCUAACCACCAAAUCAACUCCAGUAACUACCAAAUUAGAAGUCUCAUUGAGCCCGUCCAGAACCAAGGCCCAACCCUGCUCCACCCGGGGCUUGGUGAAGCAAUGCCUAAUUGCCAUCGCCUCCCUGGCUGUGUUGGCCACUCUCUUCAUGGUUUCUACCAUCGUCCUCUGCACCAAGCUGUCAUCAAGGAAAUACAAGCUGAAGAAGCCUCAGUCGUCCACAGAGAUGAUAUGCAUCUCGUCCUUGCUGCCUGAGAGGGAUUACACAUACUCAAGGCAACGCAAUGCAGUCGCUAACGGAGUCCUGGUGAUGCACGGUGCAGAGGACAGCGAUGAGGACAAUAUAGGAGAUAACCUCACUCUCAGCAGCUUCCUUCCAGAAAAUGACCGCUUUGUUUAGAGCGAAUUAUUAUUGUUUAGUAGUAGUAUUAUUAAAUCAGACUUCAGACUGGACUGAUGGGUAUGAUCUCUGUCAAGCGGAAACAGUUGCAUUAACCCAGGCUUCCGGUUUUAUGUUGGUGGUUUGACUCGGUUGCACGCUCUAUCGCUGUGAAGGAAGAGACAUAGAAAUCUAAAACAAAAUCAAAACAGUAACGCUUUCAUGUUAAUGCACCAUUAAGCAUAUCUGGCGUUUGUCAAGGUCAUCAAGAGUCUUGGCAAGAGUUAAGACUUUUUGCAUAUUUUUACACUUGCCCCCAAGAGACUUUAAAUCAAGUCAUAAUGGAGACACUGAUCAAAGACAGUUUUUUUUUUACAUCCUGAGCUGAGCCCUGACGGUAUUUCACUUAGCAACAGGAGACAGGAAGGCUUGUUUUGUCAAGGGAUUAGUCUUCACAGACACUGUUCAGUUUACAGAUCCUAUUCUGGUAGCAGUAAGGCUUCACUGUAUGAUUAAUGGUAAACUGUAUGUGCCAUGUUUAUCCGGUUGUAGAGAUGCAGUUUGUAUAUUGUGAUAAUUUAUUAAAAUAAUGCUUCAUUUAA